UUAAUUAGCCCCUACUCUAAUCACACUCUCUACUAUGUAUUAGGGCUUUACUAAAAAAAAAAAAAAAAAAAAACAUAACAUCACAUCACUUCUCCUUGAAACCCCAGAGCUCAAACUCCAGACACUAUCAUGAAACCUUAAAAAUGUCAAAACCAUAAGAAUCACCAAGCCCCUGUUCAAUUUCUCUCCAGAAACAAACCAUGGCAGUCACCAAAACAGAACCCAUAAGCGGCAGCACAGCAAAAUCAUCAGGACCACCAUCAUCAAUGUCUCUUAAAUCGGAUCUGCAGUCAACACUAUCGCUCAAAUCACUGAAACUCAAGACCAAACAACAAGAACUCCUCAUCCGUGUCUCAAUACUCUGUUUAGUCUAUGUUUUAGCUUUUAUCACUCGUUUGUUUAGUGUCUUACGUUAUGAGUCAAUGAUCCAUGAAUUCGAUCCUUACUUCAAUUAUCGAACUACCCUGUUCUUAACUCAAAAGGGUUUUUAUGAAUUCUGGAAUUGGUUCGAUUCCGAGAGUUGGUACCCUCUUGGACGUAUCAUUGGAGGAACCCUUUAUCCUGGAUUGAUGGUUACUGCGGCCAUUAUGUACUGGGGUUUACGAUUCUUACGUUUUGCUGUUCAUAUUCGCGAAGUUUGUGUGUUGACAGCACCCUUUUUUGCGUCGAAUACUACGCUUGUUGCGUAUUUUUUCGGAAAAGAGAUAUGGGACACUGGUGCUGGGUUGCUUGCUGCUGUUUUGAUUGCGAUUUGUCCUGGUUAUAUAUCGCGAUCUGUUGCAGGGUCUUAUGAUAAUGAAGGGGUUGCGAUUUUCGCAUUGUUGCUGACUUUUUAUUUGUUUGUUAAGGCAGUGAAUACGGGGUCUUUAGCGUGGGGAUUGGCGUCGGCUUUUGGGUAUUUUUAUAUGGUUUCUGCAUGGGGAGGUUAUGUUUUUAUUAUUAAUUUGAUACCGCUUUAUGUGCUGGUGUUGCUGAUUACCGGGAGGUAUUCGAUGAGGUUGUAUGUGGCCUAUAAUUGUAUGUAUGUGUUGGGAAUGUUGCUUGCUAUGCAGAUUCGGUUUGUGGGGUUUCAACAUGUGCAGUCCGGUGAGCACAUGGCAGCUAUGGGUGUGUUCUUCCUGAUGCAGGUGUUUUAUUUCUUAGAUUGGGUUAAGUAUCUGCUAAAUGAUAAAAAGUUGUUUGAAGCCUUCUUGAGGAUUACUGUGACCUGUGCAGUGGGUGUAGGUGCUAUUGCUCUUGGAGUUGGCACAGCAUCUGGGUAUAUUUCACCGUGGACUGGCAGAUUUUACUCUUUGUUGGAUCCAACAUAUGCUAAGGAUCACAUCCCCAUCAUUGCAUCUGUCUCUGAGCAUCAGCCAACAGCUUGGUCAUCUUUCAUGUUUGAUUUCCACAUCCUCCUUUUCCUUUUCCCUGCUGGUCUGUAUUUCUGCUUCAAGCGGCUGUCAGAUGCCACAAUAUUCAUUGCUAUGUAUGGCCUAACAAGCAUGUAUUUUGCUGGUGUCAUGGUUCGGUUAAUUCUUGUUGCUACACCUGCGGUAUGCUUAAUUAGCGCCAUUGCCGUUUCUGCCACUAUAAAGAAUUUGACUAUGUUGUUAAGGACUAAGAGCAAGGUUUCCCAAACUGGUUCUACUAAGGGAACAGGUGGUGGAAAGGCUUCUUCUAAGGCUUCGCUUGAUCAGUCUCAACCUUUUCAAAGAAAUGGUGCUAUUGCAUUGCUUUUGGUUACAUUUUACUCGCUCAGUAGGUAUGCCAUACAUUGUACCUGGGUUACAUCAGAGGCCUACUCGUCUCCUUCAAUUGUCUUGGCUGCAAGGGGUGCCCAUGGUAACAGGGUCAUCUUUGAUGAUUACCGUGAGGCAUACUAUUGGCUUCGACAGAAUACUCCUCCAGAUGCUAAGGUGAUGUCAUGGUGGGAUUAUGGGUAUCAAAUCACUGCCAUGGGGAACAGAACAGUUAUUGUUGACAAUAAUACCUGGAACAAUACACACAUUGCCACUGUUGGCCGUGCAAUGUCAUCUUAUGAAGAUGAGGCGUAUGAGAUAAUGAAAUCACUUGAUGUGGAUUAUGUGCUAGUUGUCUUUGGGGGUGUCACAGGCUAUUCUUCUGAUGAUAUCAACAAGUUUUUAUGGAUGGUGAGAAUUGGAGGCGGAGUAUUCCCUGUAAUUAAGGAACCCGACUAUCUUGUCAAUGGAGAGUAUCGUGUUGACAAAGGUGCAGCUCCCAAGAUGUUGAACUGUCUCAUGUACAAGCUAUCCUACUAUCGAUUUGGAGAGCUGGUGACAGAAUAUGGGAAACCUCCAGGGUAUGAUCGAGCUAGGGGGGUCGAAAUUGGAAACAAGGACAUUAAACUUGAACACUUGGAAGAGGCAUUUACGACAUCUAAUUGGAUUGUUCGUAUUUACAAGGUCAAGCCACCAAAUAACAGGUGGUGAAGUGUUUCAUUCCACUGAGGAGGAGAAGGGAUUUGGUUGUUGAACUGCAAUCUUGAGUCUUGAGGGAUAGAUUUGACCAUAGAAGUAAAAAAUUAUUAGUAAGAGAUUGAGCUUGUGACAUUCAAGGCAUUUGAAUUUUCUGGAACCGAAUUUUGGAGUUUCCUCCAUCCCUUCACCCCAUCCUUUAGAACCACUUAUCAUGCUAUGUUGCUGAUAAACCAUCUUAGAUCCUCGACUGGUUAGUAUCAAACUAGAUAUGAUGUCCUU